AUGAUAUGAACACCAAAAGCCUAUUUUACUUGUGCUUUCUCCCCAAAGUGGUAUAACAAAAGGCCAUUUGCAAUCAUUCUCUCUUGUUCAAACAUUUCCCAAAAUACCCAGUCCUUCAGCUCUGAUAUCAUCAACAUCCCAAGGCCUCCAGCCUCAUCGUCGCCCCGUUGCAGACGCCAUCAACCUCUCUUCGUUCCUACCCAAGCCGGUGCAGCCGAUGGCGUUGUUGAUAAAAUAACUUCUGAAGUAAACCAGUCGAAGCCCAGCUUCAACAAAACGAUGGCGGUUGUAAAUCGUCCACCAAUUCCCCGGACGUUUAGAACCGGGGCGGAUGCCAAUAUAAAGACGAACGAACCGUUGCAGACCUCCUCUCUAGACCAGGCCCUCACCACGGCACAAGAGGGAAAGCAAGCAAACAGGACCAGUUGCCAGGACAGGGAAGGCGCUCAGAUGCAGCAUUCUGGUGUUCCGCAGGUCAGCCUUACUCCUUCCGCUCUCCAAUCGACAUCGGAUAAACCCGGCAGACCUAUCAGAUCAAUUAGCUCCAUCCAUAGCAUCAGAAAAGCCCGGGGCGUCACAUACUUGAGUGAAAAGAGGGAUCAACAGACGCUGUCGAUGAGCAAUCAGGCGGGCCUUCCGAUUGAAGGCAAAUCGUCAGAGGGCCAACGUCUUCCACCUGUUCCUCCCUACUUGCCCUCUACUUCUAUAGCCGACGUCUCAACUAUUCCAGCCUCAACAUCGCGACUACCAGUUACAGCGAAUUCCCACCAAACGCCACCUCCUUCAGUCUUAUCUCCACCUUGGGCCUCUUGGCAAAAACCAGACGACCUCAGUGCUUAUGCCAAAUCGGAGUCCUCGAUGUAUACGCCCUCCGUGCCUGAAAGGCUCGAUUACCCCACAACGUUACCAGCAGCUCCAUCAAUGCCAAAUUUAAAAUACCUGGACGUAGCGCAGCGA